AUGAUUGAAAUUGAUUAUAAAAGAAUACCGUAAUGGUUACAAGAAAGAAACAAAUUAAGUCAAGAAUGGUCAAAAAAAUAUAAGGCUUUACAAUUAAAAUAAUUAGAAAUUUUAGGAGAAAGCAAAAGUGCUUAUACUUUUCAGGAUUGUUUUGAAGAAUUAGAUAAGUUGAAGAAUUCAGAUGAAGGAACUUAAAAAACCAUUUUUGGUGGUUUUUCUUCUAAAUCAAUAAAAACAAUGGAGAAUUUACUUAAACUUUAUUAAAAAGAAAAUCUACACUUAGUCAAUAUGGGGUAGGCUUUGGUUUAACUUUUGACAUAUGACAUGUAAUUAAUUUAUUUAUUUAAGACCAGGAAUUAAAAAGUAAUUAAUAUUAAAUGAUCAAUAAUUAUAAUCAACCGAGUAAAGAAUUAUUGAUUCUCAAGUCUAAAUACAAAAUCAUAAAUAAUAGUUUGAAAAAUAGUGUAAGAAAUAUGGAAUUAAUGGUUAAAAUAUUGAGGAAGAAGUUCCAAAUAUGAUAUUACAAAUCCCACAAUUAUUUUAAGAUAUUGAAUAAUUAGCCUUAAAAAAUCAAACUAUAUUGGAUAGCAUUGAAUAUUACAGAUAAUUUUCCAUUUACACUAAUGCCUCUUUAGAUAAAUCAAACAUAGUUAUACAUUUAGAAUCAUUUGUAUUGAAAGGAAAUUAAAAACCAGUAGAUUGGGAUAUCAUUGAAGCCCCUAAAUCUGAAGAAAUCGAUUGGAUGAAAUAUAUAUAACCUUAAUAAGUCAGUAUUCCUGAUAGUGAACUGUUGAAUACACAAUUUCGAAGCAAUCUUAUAAUUAAUUUAAAUGAGGUAAUCAUAUUAAUAUUUUAGUUAAUCGGAUUCUAUUAAGCAAGACUAGAUUAAUAAAAAUAAGAUCAAUCAAUAGUUAAUUUUGAUUCUCAAAAUAAAUUAUUUGAACUUUCUUAACAAUAACUAUUGAAUUAUUUAACUGUGUUACAUUAAUUAUUAGAAAAAUUGAUGAAUCCUUGGCUUAGAUAACUUUUGCUAUUGAAAUCAUCAGUUAAGUAAAGUAAUUUUAAUAAAUUUUAGAACUUAAUAAAGAAUUAUAAAAAAUUUGGAAGAAUUUGCUAUUUCAAUAAAAAAGAGUGAAUCAAACAUAAUUCAUUCAUAAAAUAAAAUAAUUGAUUUGAAGUCUGAGCAAUUUAAAUUAUAAAACUAAUUAAGAGACUUACAAAGUUAGGUUAAAAAGAUGAAGUAAUUUACAGAGAAACAAUUUACAGACUUAUUCAAAACAGAAAUCAAACUUAUUGGAUGUGAUUGUUGAU